AGCGGAGCGCGCCCUCACCCGAGCCGCGCCUCUCGCUUUGACACGGGACAGCUCACGGUUGAAAACGCGGGGACGUGAUUCAGUGUGCACGGGCAGCGCUGAGCUGCUGGGGUUUCCUCUGCAGCGAGCGGCCGGGGCGGAAAGCAACGCGGGGGUUCCUGCAGGAGACAGUAACGUGGGGGCGCCGCUGGGGCUUGUCGUACCAACUAGCAGUAUGUUGAUGCCCAAGAAGAACCGAAUUGCCAUCUACGAACUCCUUUUUAAGGAGGGAGUGAUGGUGGCCAAGAAGGACGUCCACAUGCCGAAGCACCCCGAGCUCGUGGACAAGAACGUGCCCAACCUCCACGUCAUGAAAGCCAUGCAGUCUCUGAAAUCCCGUGGUUACGUGAAAGAGCAGUUUGCGUGGAGGCAUUUCUACUGGUACCUGACCAACGAGGGCAUCCAGUACCUGCGCGACUACCUUCACCUGCCCCCCGAGAUCGUCCCCGCCACCCUGCGCCGCAGCCGCCCGGAGACCGGCAGACCACGGCCCAAAGGUCUGGAAGGCGAGCGCCCUGCACGUCUCACUCGGGGAGAAGCUGACAGGGACACGUACAGACGCAGCGCCGUCCCACGAGCGCCGUAUGUGGUCAGUAACGCAUUCUUCUCCUCUUCAGCUGGUGCCGACAAGAAGGCUGAGGCUGGGGCUGGAGCAGCCACUGAAUUCCAGUUUAGAGGCGGAUUUGGUCGCGGACGUGGUCAGCCUCCUCAGUAGAACUUCCUGCUCAUGUUUUGUGUAUAAUAAAAUAGGUGAAAAUGCCA